AAUUCCCUCCUAGGAGGGAGAUUUUCUUGCCUUUGUCACCAGGACUUGCUAUGUGGGUUUCCGUUGGCUGUAAUGUGUGAUGAGCAUAAUUCUAGACCUGCUCAAUGUUUAAAGACCCUUGAGAUCACUUCUGUUAUGAAUUGGCUUGAUAGAAAUACAAUUGACUUGACUGACUUCUGCAGAGAGACCACCGUGAGACAGAUUAGUUUUACUCUACUGAUGAUGUGUUGUUGCAAUAAUAAUUCUGUCGGCACUGUAGCAUCUCAAUCCAUUAUGGAGAAGUAUUACCAUUUUUUUUUUUGGUGGUGUUUUUUGUUUUUGUGGCUCCAUUGGCAUCAUUAACGAGUUUCCUGCAAAGUUAAUUCUGCACAGUAAAUUCCCCAGUGUUAAAUAUGCAGUGUCAAAGUGCAUUGACUCUAUCCGAGUUAAUACAACAACAGCAUGAGUAAAGCGCCCCCCAGUGUUGGUGUCAAUUUCCGUCGUUAAAUGAGCAGUGUUAGACUUACUCUGAAGAGCCCCGCCCACCUCCUCUUCAAUUUCUAACAGUCAGAAUUUUCAAGACGGCAUUUUCUCCCAGUGGAAAGAGUACGUACGAAUCUGUCUCCAUGGUAGCCUCUCCUGAGUCCCAACUAUCAUCUCUGGGUUCAUCGGACUCACUGGAUACCAUCAUCCUUUCAGACAGCCCUUCCAGAAAGUGUCAGAGGCUGGAUUCAGAGGCUAUGCAACUGGUGAAAUCCAUUCUUACCAAGAAAUCUGGUGGAGAAUAUAUAAUAAAUGAAUACAACCGAACUAAGACCUUGGCAGAUGAGAGCAGAAGGAAAAUGGUGAACAUACUGGCAGCUGAUAUGACGGAGAAGAAUGGUACAUCUCCACCCAGACAGGUGAAAGAAAUGUAUGCGAGAGGAAUUGUGAACUUGUUCCCCUACGUCAGAGACCCAUUCUCCAAGAAUGGCUAUGAGCAUUAUUAUGAUGGAGACAGUGGUACUGGGUACUUGGCCUGGAGAAUUAAAACUAUUCAGAGAUGCAGUGCUAAAGACAAGCGGUCAUUAUUUGGAGCAUCAGCGGAAGGACCAUCUGGUGAGGACAUGUCAGGAGGACCAACUGUCAGACGAGUUUCCCAAUUCGUUCCAGAGACUGUCCUGAGUGAAGAUGAGUGCAAGGAAGCAAUGUCACUGAUGAAACAUUCAGCUAAUGAGGACACAGUUAGGAAGAAGAUAAAGGGGACAGUGACCUCUCAUCAAUUUUACUGCUGCUACACUUGAUCCCACCUACUGCUCUAGGUCGGAAGAGGCCAGGAAAGGUGUCUGCGUCCCGGGCUGAGGAGCAUCUUGUGGUCUUCAAGAAGACGGGAACAAGCAUCCAAGAGCAUCUCGAUGCCAUAACUAGUAGCACUCAACCCUAUCUCCUGGCUGUUGGAGUGAGGAAGAAUGCAAUCCACCAGUUCUUCAUCAUUCUCGACAAGAAUGCUAUACCUUGCAGGUCACCCUCUUCUCUUGGUGCUUUUGAUGAACUGUUUAAGGUACACUUCGUGUUUGGGACAUCAUACAACACCAUGCUCCACAACAUGUACACGUUCAUCCAAACCACUGUGUACAACAUUGAUGUUGGCAAAUUUUAUGCCGACCUAAGGUCAGUGUUUUUAUAUUCUGUACCUGAUGUUGAUAUUUUGGCCUGACAGGAAAAUAAAA